AUGGAAAACAGAAAACUCCUACGAAUAGGUAAGAGUGUCGUGCAUGGACGCACGGGUCCGUUGAGAGGAGAUAUAGGGAAUGUAGCGGAUGAGGAGAAAGGAAAGAAUACAAUAAAAAAUAGGAAUGCUGGUGAUGAUGAGAUUAGUAACAAUGGCCAAGGAAGUACGAAUCGCUUCUCAGGCAGAGAAGAAAAGGGUACUGAUGAGGAUGCACUAAAUAGACACUUUAAUGCAGAAGAGAGUGAACAUAAUAGUGGGGACAUUUUUGAACAAUUACUUCAAAGAGAAUUGGCAAAAGGUGCAUUAGGAGGAGGUGUGGUGGAAAAAAAGGGGAAUAAUAAGUUAAAAGCAAAUGUGUCUGAAGAAAGAAAUAACACAGAUCAGAUAUAUGAUAAGCGAGAAAAUAAGAACCACAACAACGGUAGUAGUAGUAGUGCUACCACUUCUACAAGAACUAAUAAUAAUACUACUAUUACUACUACUAAUACUAGUACUAACGAUCAGAUUAGCAAAAGAACUGUUGAUGGAGAAGAAGACACAGGAGAUUUAUCAAAGAUAGAUUUAAUAGUAAGAGUAAACAGCAACAUAGUAAAAUAUAGAAUGCAUGGUUAUAGCGAAGUUAUAAAAUGCUUCACAGGCGAAGAGAAUAUAAAUGAGAAAAUGGAAAUAGUUAAUACUAUUUUUAAGGAGGAAGAAAAUGUAUUAAAAUAUUUAGGAGAUAAUAAUUUAAUAUGUCAAAUAAAAGCAGCAGAAAUGACUGAUGAAUAUAUUAGUGUGUUGAAAGAAAUUUAUUUUCACAAUUUUAAAGAUGAAUAUGAAAGUGAAGAAGAAUUAAUUAAUUCCUUUGUUAAUGAAAAUAAAAAUAAAUUAUUUUCUAUUUUUACAAAAAUAGAAAAGGUAUUAAUCGAAAAAAUAUUAACCAAUACAAAAUCGUUUGAUAAUGGUUUCAACAUAGUAAGAAAGUUAAUUGAAUACUGUUCUAAUGAUAAAAUCACUAUAAAUAUAUUAACAGCUUUGUGUGAACACAUGAAUGGAAUAUAUUUGAAGGCAAAUAAAUCUGUAUCAAAUAUUAAAGGUAUAAAGAUAAAAGUUAUUUCAUCCAUAUUAUUGUUACUUUAUAAAUUGUUGAGUACCUUUCGUGCUAGUAUCAUAUGUGUGAAAACAUUAAAUAAGUUUUGUUUCAAAUUUAAAGACAUGAUAGACAAAAGUGUGAAGACGAAUUUUUAUCUUCUAUACAUUGAAAUGCUUAGUCAAGUGAAAAAUGUAGAUUUCCAAAAUAGUAUUUUGAACGAAUUAAAUAAUCAACAGAAAAAUUACAUAACUAAGGAAUUACAAAAGGAGGAAACUCAAAAAGGAAUAAAUGGAGAAAAUGUACCUGUUAGAAAUUAUCUUCUGAAUCGAUACAGAAAUACAAACCAGGGAAAUGGAAUCAAUGGAGGAGACAACGAUUACUUAAAUAAUAACUCUUUCCUCGAAGAUGCAACUAACUUGAUUGAAGAAACGGAUGUUUUUAAAGAAAUAUGUACAAAACAAUGGGAAAUAAGAGUAUUGGAAGGUUGUAUUGACAAUAACAGUGCUAAAAGUAACAAUAAUAAUAAUAAUAGUAACAAUUCGUUAAGUAAUGAAAAUUUACUGCCAUGGAAAAUCAAAGUAGAAGCUAUAAAUCUUCUAUAUGAUAGAAUAAAAUCCAAACAUGUAAUUAAAAAGACUCCUUAUAUUAGUACCAUUUUGAACAUAAUUAACAAAUUGUUUAAAAACGAAUCAGCACUACCUGUGGUUGUGUCCACUCUAAAAUUAUUACACAUAUUAAUAGAAAAAUUUGAAAAGGAUAUUUAUACAACUGUAAAAACGUUUACAUUUAUUUUAUGUGCAAAAUUAAAGGAUUCAAAUAAGCAGGUAUCGAACGCAUGCAUAGAAUGUUUAACAAAAGCAAUUAGUGUGUACAAUAUUGACAUCUUCAUUGACGAUUUGUCUAAAAAUUUGAAAGACAAAAAUAAUAACACCAGAAUGGUAACUCUGGAUUUUUUAUUAAAAAUUUUUGAUUACAUUGAUCGGAAGAAUAUCGUAUCUAUUAUUGACAUUACGAAACAUUUGUUAAACGACACUGUCGCAAACAUUAAGAAUAUGGCCUGUAAAAUUUACUCCUUAAUAGUGACUAAUUAUGGAGAAAGUGUACAUACAGCAUUUUUCAACUCUCUACCUUCUAAUAAGAAGAGGUCUAUAAUGGCCCACUGUUCUGGGGUUGUUGGAUCAAAAGGGAAAUCCCUUGGAAAUACUUCCACUGAGAAUGCAAAUGUAAGCGGUAAUAUGAACAACAAAAGUAGGAGUAAUAACCAGGAUGAUGAUGAUGAUGCACCUUGUGAUGAGAUGAGUAAUUCAAAUGACGUGAACAACAAUGGGGGUGGAAGUAGCAAAAUGGGGAGAAAUCUGAUUGCAUGUCCUGAUAAUAUAGAAUCCGUGCUGCCAAGAAACAUCUUAUCUAAUUUGAAAUCGAAUAGCCAUAGCACAAAAAUCGAAGGAAUACAAGAAUUAACAAAAUGGAUAAGCUCAGAAAUUAAUUUGACGAAAAUUAACCUAGAACAUUUUAUAAAUUUAAUAAAAAAAAACUGCUAUGAUUUUAAGGGGAAAUAUAACCAAUUGAAUAAUGCCAUUUUUGAUUUCUUCAACCAAUUUGUAGACCAUAUGUAUCAUUUCAAUAUUCAUCGAGGAAAUAAUCCACACUUUGUUAAAAUUAUGAACAUACUGAUCCCUCUCUAUAUUGAGAAGACGAAAGAUAAAAAGGAUACCAUUGUUUGCAAUAAUUUCCUUCAAAAAUGUUUUCAUUAUUUUGAUAACAAUAUAAUCAUUGAUAUUGUAAUCAAAAAUAAUGAUGCCAAGAAUGCAAAGAAAUGUGAAGAAUGUAUAAAAAUUCUGCAGAAAUUAUUUUUAUCUAAGAUACCAAAUGGAGGAAAUACCCGUUCUUCUGGUUUUGCUACCGGUGGAAAUCCUAGUGUUAAUAUAAAAAAUCUCAUUUAUUUUCUAAAAAAAUUUGUCGAUUCGAAAAAUACGAAUUUGAAAAAUUCUUCUAUUCUUUUGCUGCAAUUACUAAGCAAGAAUUUUGGAGAUAAGUAUGUCUUAUCCCAUUUGGAAGGGAUAUCUGAAAACAUUCGUCAAUCAGUUAAAUCUAAGGAUGAUGUCGAACGAUUUGUGCAUAGGCAAGGAUUUCAAUGCUCCAACACUUUCAUCCGUGCAGCAGACAAUAUCAAGUCCAUGUCUGGCAGUAUCGGUGCAAAUGAACGGGAAAAGAAAGCCGGGGGUCCCCCAAUUCCAUCGGCACAAAGAUGCGACGAGGACCCACGGGGCAGCAGCAGCAAUGGCAGAAGCAACAGUCAGGUGGGUGGCCAAAUGAGUGGUCAGAUGGGUGGCCAAAUGAGUGGCCAGAUGGGUGGCCAAAUGAGUGGCCAGAUGGGUGGCCAAAUGAGUGGCCAAAUGAGUGGUCAGAUGGGUGGCCAAAUGGGUGGCCAAAUGAGUGGCCAACACAGUGAGUCUCUACCUGACCAGGCUAAUAGGGGGAGAGAUGGAAGACCGUUUCGAAGUUACAAUCCAGAUGGUGCAGAUGGAACCAAGCUGGAGCACCUUAGAUGUGGUGAUAACAAUCAGGAAUAUGGAAUUUCAGUGGAGUCUUCAUCAGUGGGAUAUAAGAAUACAGUUGAAAUUGAUUAUACGAACACGUAUCUGAAUUAUAAGAGUACAAAAAUAGUUGAAAGUAAGAAUUAUGAGAAUAGAGAUAAUUUUUUGACACAUGGAAGAGGAGGAGAAACAGAGGAAAAGAAAUCCAUGAUAAUGUAUAGUAAACGGCAAGGAGACCAUGUUGAAGAAGAGGAAGAAGUAGAAGGAGAAGAAAAAGACAAACAUGAAGAUGACUACGGAGAAGAAGAAGAAGAAGAAGAGGAGAAAAUGGUCAACAUAAGUAACAUAAUUAAACAAUACGUAAAUCAAAUUAUGAAUGAAAAUAAUCAUUCAGCAACAAAUAUUACAAAAAUUAUUAGUGUGAUUGAAAAGGUAGGAAAAUAUUACAUAAACCCAGAUAAAUUAGAAGUUUUGAUUAAUAAAAAUACGUUACAUAAGAUUUAUAGUUUGAAUAAGAACAAAUGUGUAGAAUUAUUAUACGUCCUUAUGUUUUCCCUAAGAGACAAUACUCAUAUAUAUGCUGAUACGAUACUAGAUUGUAUUCUUAGGAUGAUUGGAGAUGUGGACAUUACAGGUGAACAAAUCGAUAAACUUCUCACUUGCAUGUGUAAGAAUAUGGGUAUUUCUAAAUACAUUGGACAUAUAAACGGGUUCAUAUUGAAUGAGAAGCUAAGUAAUAUGAGAGAUGAAGGGAAUAUCCAUGGGCACAUUGGUAAUCAUUCAAUAGGGCAUGGGAAAGGAACAUCCAAGAGAAACAAAAUUCAAAUGCUUAUCAACAACAUCAAUACGAAUCAUAUACUUCUACUAAACGAAAAUGUAAUAAAAAAGAAAGUUCUAAAGUUUUAUCUGGAUUUCUUUUUUGAUGAUAAUGAACAAGUUAGAGAAAAAGCUAGUAUAGUAUUAGAUCAUAUCUAUGCAAAAUAUAAAGGAAACAUAUUUUUUGAAAUUUUUGAAAAAUUAUCUCUUCAUAAAAAAGAGUGUCUCCAAGAUAUAUUAAAUCAGAUGAAAGUAGCUAAAGAGGAAUUUUCUUUCUAUAAAAUUUUUAUGUCACAUAAUUCACAACUUAAGAGAAUUUCAAACAACGAGUGUAACCUCAGUGCCACUACACCAGCCAUGUCCAAAUCAAGAAGCAUUAAGAAACUCACUUUCAUUAGUAAGAACAAGGUUCUCAAGAUUGAUUUUCCUCCGAACCAUAAAAUAAAGGUUGAUAAUUUCAAAUGGGAGAAACAUUUUGACCAGCUUCACUUGAACUAUCUCAUGAAGGAAUUCAAAGCUUUUAGCAGUCAGGAGCUCGUGCAGCACAUGUUUAGCGAAAAUGUGAAUAUGGUUAAUAGGAGUAUUCUCUUUUUUAAGGACUACCUAAGUAACAGUCUAAACCAGUCGACGUUUUUCUCCAAAUCGGGCUUCCUGGACUUGUUACUGAAAUGGAUCUUCUUCACCCUGAAUGGACAUCAAAACAAUAAUGAACUUUUAUGUGCAUGCAUAAAUUUAUUGAGAAUCAUUUUGAAAACAAUUGAAGAUAAUUAUGUUUAUCUGAAUGAACAGGAGUUGCUCAUUUUAGUCAAUUUCAUUUGGGAUAGAAUGAACGGUGGGACAACAUCCUCGGAGAUAAGAAAAAAAUUGAAGGAAAUACUUCUCUGCCUAUGCUACAUUUCGGAUCACAAGUUAUAUUUUUCUCUACUCAUAAAAAAUCUUUCAUCGUGUAAUCAGAAACGAAUAUGCGACUCCCUGGACAUAAUUUUGAAGCUAAUCAUUUUGUACAAGGAGAAAUGUCUGAACAUUGAAAAGGACGUGUUGAAAAUUUUGCAAGUUUUUACAAUUCACAGCAAAAAUAAAAACGUGACAAUGUACUGUUUGAAGAUAUUUGCAAAUAUUCAGUCCUUCUCCCCAAACUUCUAUAAGUGCAUAGACAAUGACGACAUUUCUGGAUACUUAAAAAGAAAAGUUGAUGAAUUUAUUGAUAAUUGUAAGGAUUAUAAUUUUUCCUUUAAGGACAUGGAAGACGACGAAAAUAACAGCUCCUAUCAAAGCGAUAAUUCUGAAGGGAAUCCAAAAGAUGACGAAAAUCAUGAAUUGAUGAACUACUUGAAACAUAAUGCAAAUCAAAGAAACUCCAUAAGGAAAGAAGUAGAAGGACACGUGAACGAAUUUAGGAAAAGUGUUGAAGAAGCAACGGAAAUAAAAAAAAAAAUUGAAGAAAUAGAAAUGGAUAAGGCAGAUGAAGGAUAUAUAAAUGAUCAAAUAUCAUAUAUGAGUAUCUCGAAUAAUUUAAAUUUUGCAAUUGAAGGGAAUAACUAUUCAAGGAAUAAAGAAAUUUUUCACAUUUUGGAAUCGAAGAAUAAUGAAAAGGUAGAAGGAUCAAAUAGUUAUGAAAAUUCACUGGUGUAUUUUCGAUUUGUUUAUUUGGCAUCGUUCCUCUAUUCCAAUGAUGUAGAGAUAAUUUCAAAGGUAUGCAAAGUAAUCGUGGACAAUAUUGUACAAGUGGGGAAGAAAAGCAAAAACGGAAAUUUCAUAUUAAGAGAAAGUGGAAAUUAUAUUUUUAAGAAUUUUAAUUUAUUUAUUACCCUGAUUAAAGGAGCCAACUAUGCAUUAAGAUUCUUAUUUCAGAAAACAUUUGACAAGGAUUUAAAUGCAUCGUAUAUUCAUUUUAAUGCCAUCCUGAGUACAGUUCUAUUAGUAGACAUUUUGAUGAAGAAAAAAAGUUGUAUUGCUAGAUUAUCCUUUAAUCAUUUUUCUUUCUUUUUCAUAAAUACAAUUGUAUGUUUAAGUAUAUAUACCAAAGUUAUACACACGAAUAAGUAUAUUUAUCUUUUUAAAAAUGGACCCAUUGCUAGAAGCCUUGUAACAAGUAUAUUAAAUAAUUUACUUGGACGAGAAUUUCUGACUAGCCAUUCGAAACUUCUGGAAUAUGUAUGUAAUGUGUCUCUAAAUUUAGGAUUCGAUAUAAUGAAAAAUAAAAAUAUAUUAUUAGAUGAUUUAAAAGAUACGAACGAAUUUUAUAUUUACAUAAACACGUACGUCAAAAUUUUGAAUAAAAUUUAUAAAAAAAUUAUGAAUAAAAUAUUGGAAGAAGAUCGAAAGGAAAACCACUUUGUGUAUAAAAUACUUCACAUUCUAUUUUUGAAUUUGAAUAGAUAUGAUAUUUAUUUACAUAAAAUACAGAGUAAUCGAAAUAGGAAAAGAAAGAUACACAUUCAUCAGAAUAAUAACACUGGAGUGUUAGUUCCAGAACAGACAACUUUCAGCACAUGCUCUUUUUACACCAAGAAGUUGUGCAAUAAUGAAAGAAUCAAUGAAGAAAUGAUUUAUGGAAGGGACGAUGUGGGAGGAAUUCCUGCUGAUGAUGAAACCUCAGAUCAUUCUGUUUUCGAUUGUCGUUCUAUCUAUUAUGAAAAUCUGAGAGCAUUAAACCCAAGUGGUAAUAACCACAUUAUUGGAAAUAACGAUUCCAUAGCAAGUAAUAGUGUAAUAGGGAAUAAUGAAAUGUUAACGAGUGGAAUCAUAAGUAAACAUAAUGAUGUGGAAAUUGGUGAAACAAUGCAUAUUAAAAAAAAUAACAUAUCAAAGAUGAACAAUCCGAGUAGGACUAGUAUGCCCAUCCAGAUGAAUAAGUCUGUUAGAAUGAACAAUUCGGUCAGACAUAGCAAUGUUAUUCGAUCCAGCAAAACAUUACUCCGGGGAAGCAACAAUUUCAGAUUAAGCAAUACAACGAGAACGGAAAGUAAUAAUAUGAGAACGGAAAGUAAUAAUCUGAGAGCAGAAAGUAAUAAUAUGAGAGCAGAAAGUAAUAAUAUGAGAGCAGAAAGUAAUAAUAUGAGAGCAGAAAGUAAUAAUGUGAGAACAGAAAGUAUUAAUCUGAGAGCAGAAAGUAUUAAUCUGAGAGCAGAAAGUAUUAAUCUGAGAGCAGAAAGUAAUAAUACGAAAACAGAAAGUAAUAAUGUGAGAACAGAAAUUAAUAAUGCAAGAACAGAAAGUAAUAAUGCAAGAACAGAAAGUAAUAAUGUGAGAACAGAAAGUAAUAAUGAGAAACCAGAGAAUGUGCAAAAAUGUGGUAAAGAACUCGAAACAGCUUUCGAUGGGUCGAGGAAUAAUACACUUACGGAGGAUACAUACAUAAUAGAAGAAAGAAAAAGGAUACAUGCAAACAGAUUAGAUUUCAUGAAUAAGUAUUUAUUUUUUAUUCAAUUGAUAUUUUAUGGAAUUAAGAAAAAUAAUCCAUUAAUUUUACUUGCGUAUAUAAAUCAUGAAAUUAAAAAAAGUUACAAUGAGAACUUACAUUUUUAUUUUAAAAAAAUAGAAAUGUUAUUAAACAAAGAUUUACGAGAUUGUGUCCAUACUAUUAAUGUAAACACACCUGAAGAUUUUUACAAAAUAAACUUUUCAUUUGAAAAUUUUCAAAAUGAAUAUGAACAUUUAAAAAAAUCAGAAGAAUCCAUUUUUCAUUCUUACAAAAAUGUAUUUAGUCAAUAUGCUAAUUUCGAUUCAGAAAUUAUCUACAACAAUUUUGAUUUAUCAAUCCUUGACGUAAUACAAAAGAAGAGUGACUUUCUGGAAUCCUUAAAAAUGAUGAAUAUUAACGAAGUACCUUUUAGCACGAGCAAAUAUGAACACCUGAAAGCUGCAAUUUUAAAGUAUAUCAACCAGUUAGAGAACACACAGGCUCUAGAUGAUCUGCAGAAUAUAGACAGCGUAUCAGAUUAUGAUUUCCUCUGCAUGAUGUACAGAAUACCGAACGAUUCAGUGAAAGGAGGAGAGGUGCAAGCGCGUGCUGUUAAGGAGAAUGGGAAUGGCAAUCACAGUGACAAGCAGAAUGGCAAUCACAGUGGCAAUCACAAUGACAAGCACAGUGACAAUCACAAGGACAAUCACAAGGACAAAUACAGUGACAAGCACAAUGACAAGCACAAUGACAAGCACAAUGACAAGCACAAUGACAAGGAGCACAAAAUGGAACCGAAUAACCAAAAUUCCGAUUCGAGCAAAUUCCCAAUUAGUUCAUAUGCAAUGGCCGAGAUGGAUGCUUCGACAUGCAUCACGAGAAGAGGGGUGCAGGAUUCUACACAAGAUGGAAGUAAUCACAUCUCCAAUGCAGAUUUGGACAAUGCACCAAUGAACAAUGACUUGGUUAGGCAAAGUGAAGCGAAUGCAAUCGAGGGUGGGGGAGAUCUAGGGAUUCAGGGGAUUGAUAAAAGAGCAUCUAAUUUGAUGAAUAAUUCGAGAAAUUUUAACGAUCAAAAGGAGGAUUCAAAAAAGAUAGAGAAUGAAAAAUGCAAGAAAGAAGAAAGGAAGGACGAAUGGAAUCUAGAGAAAUGCGAGGAAAGUGAAAACAAAAGAAACUGUUACAAUCAUUUCGAUUCAGAUAGGAAGAGUAUUAAAAUGGAAAUGCAAGAAAAAGGAAAAGAAAAAGAUAGCUCAGAUGUAACAUUCAUCAGUCGUAGUAUAUAUCUACGAAAUGAAACUGUCGAAAAUAUCGACAUGAAUGAAAUGAGAUUCAAAUAUGGUUCGGUUCAAAAAGAUUCAUAUGAAGGUAUGCCUGAGAGAGGAGAAUACGGAUUUUAUGGAAAUGACAUUAAAAAUGGCAUAUGUAAUAGUCAGUAUGAUAAAUCUGACAGAUUAAUUAAGGAUUCUAUGAUGGCAUAUCAAACUGAACAACGGAAGCACGAAGAGAGUAGUGCUAGGUAUAGGGAGAGACAGAACCCAUUAAACACAUCCAAAUGUAUGACAUUUUCUUCUGAUACAUUAGAAAAAAAGGAUCCAAAGGAAAAUCAGGCACAACUAAGCACAGAUAUAGAAGAGAAAGAAGAGAAAAACCGAAAUAAGUAUAACCACUUUUAUUCGGAUCCGAGUAAGUACAGAUCAGAGAAAGACAUAAAUAAUGCUAACAUUGAGGAACCCAAUAACAGCAUCAUUAAAGAUAAGAAAAUUCAUGAGCAGGAAGAGGAAGACAACACACAGGGGAAGACAUGCCAAUAUCGAAUUAGCACAUAUCAAAAGGAUGAUAAAAACAAAAGAAAUCUCUUAGAUGGUAAAGGGAGGGAGGGAACUAGAUACCUCAAGGAUUGGAACACACAGACGAGACAUGGUAAUGUCGAGGCCCUAGGAAUGAUAGACAUUCCAUAUGGACGAACGAGUGAGAUAACAGAACCGAAUCGAAUUUGUAAAACUCAAAAUGAUUACAAAAUUGGGAACAGUGCAAAUGUGAGGAAACACAGCAAUCUCUUAGCUAAUGAAGAAAACAAGCAAAAGGUAAAUUCAGAACUUCCGCUGAUGGGAGGAGGGGGAAGAGGAGGAAGCAUCUUGCGAAGCAACAUUCCUUCACACACAACUCAUAAAACAUAUAUAUCACAUGGAGAAGAAUAUAAAAGUAUUAGAGAAGACAAACCCCACUGUGUUCUUAAAAGAGGGCAAUCAAAUGAUGAGAAAUAUAAGGUGUCAGACUACAUGGGUUCAAAUAUGACAAGAGGUGGAAAACCAAAUUAUUCCAAAGCUUCUGUAGUAUCACAGAGUGGUGAUGGUAUGAGAACUUUUUCGAGAAGCAAAACAAACGUAAAAUAUUUGAUAAAUAAGUACGAGAAUCAGAGAGACGUGAGUGAGUCCCAUAGUGUUAAGAGUGCAUCUGUAUUUUCUCAAAAGAAAAAUAUAGACAACUUGGGCACUGGUAGGAAUGGGAGUAAUGUGUUUAGCAGUGCUGUAAAUAAAGAACUGAACAAGGUGAAUAGGAGUGGGAAAUUUGUUAAUAAUGACAAGACACGACCUGAUUUUGAUAAAAAAAAAAGUUAUCUUUAUGAAAGGAGUAUGAGUUCAUCUUUUGAGGUUGCUUCAAAAAAGGAUAAACAGAAUGAUGUUCUGAUGAAUUUGUCUCCAAAUACAAUUUUAAAAAAUCCUCAGAUUUGUAGAAACUACUCAAAUACAUCUUUUGCCAAUAAAAAUGAAAAAACAAAUUUUAUGCAUAAAAGCAACAGCAAGGGCUCAAGUUCUAUAUCUUUCAAGAGUAAAAGUGAUUCAAAGAGUCAUGUGAUACCUUCCAAUUAUUCCGUAAAACGAAAAAAUAGCAUUGGUAUUUCAAUUCCAUUAAAAAAAAAAUCUAAAUAA